AUGAAGUGGGAUCGGAUCAGAAUCGGUUCUUCUGCCGCCGUUGAAGGCCUUGAGAUCUUCGCUCACGAAGGUGAUGAAAUCGCCUCAGCCAGUGAAGAUUUUCCGGUCGGGUUCCGGUUCGUCCCUACUGAUGCUGAGUUGAUUGAGAAUUACUUGAUAAAAAAGCUUAACGAUGAACACUUACCUACUAAUAAAAACAUCCAUGAAGUUGAUCUCUAUGGCAGUACUCCAUCCCAAAUUACUCAACAAUACCAACAAAGCGACGGAGGGGAGGAGUGGUACUUUUUCACACCGAGGAAUAGAAAAUACCCCAACGGAAAGAGGUCGAAUCGUGCGGCGGGAACGGUGUCGGAUACUGGAAACCGACGGCGGACGAGAAACCCAUUGUCCGUUGGGGUCAUGAGGAGAUCAUCGGCUACAAGAGAAACCUUGAUUAUUACGAAGGCCCGCAUUCCAACACUUGAUAAGUGGGUAUUGUGCAAGAUAUAUGUGGCGAGGAAUAAGGUUAAGAACAAUGUGCAUGAAAAUGGAGAUCCAUAUGCUUGUUCUACCUCUCAAGAUGUUGAUGGACUAUCUUCAAGGUGGGUAUUGUGCAAGAUAUAUGUGGCGAGGAAUAAGGUUAAGAACAAUGUGCAUGAAAAUGGAGAUCCAUAUGCUUGUUCUACCUCUCAAGAUGUUGAUGGACUAUCUUCAAGGGCAGAUUCUUCGUCGCAACACGUUAACCGACCACCUUCGAUGGCGAUUAACAACAAUAGGGGGAUGGCUAAUAAGGUUGCCAAGAUAGCUCCACUAUCAUCUCCUCGCCUUAGGCAGACAUAUGCCGCUCGUAAUCCGUAUUCGACUGAGAACUCUAGAGAAGUAUGGAAAUGUCUAGAAGCUUGUGGAAGAGUGUGGAAUCCUCUGAAAUAUUUUGGAGAUGUGUGGAAGCUUAUGGAAGAGUAUAGAAGAAUAUGUAAGAGGUUCAAGAUAGAGGAUAAUGUUUCUCAUGAUGGAGACAUGUUCAAGCUCACAGCCAAUAACUACUCAUAUUGGAAGCCGAUGAUAGAGGACCACCUGUACUGCAAGGAUUUGCAUGAUCCCAUCAUCUACAAAGACAAGGUAGAAGGAAAGAGUGAUGCUCAAUGGGAGCUACUAAAUCGGAUGGUCGUUGCUAUGAUCCAUAAGUACAUUGAUAAAACCCUCUUUGAGCAUGUUUAUACUUAUACAAAUGCUAAUGAAUUAUGGACAAAGCUUGAGUGA